AGUGCCUAUAAAUAAUUAUAAAACCUAAAUACAUAAAAAAGAAAUAACUAUCAACAUAAACGUGAAAGGUCCUAUUAUCAACAUCGAUAACAUGCGUCGUUUAUAUCUCAGAAUUUUGUGAGCACCAAUGAUGAGUAAUUGGAUAAAACGAUUGAUUAAAAAAAAAUCCUCGAGGUCGAAAACAUCAAAAUUUAUCUUGGAUUUUCAUUCGUCUAGUAGGAACUGACACAGAGUGUUGUAAAGUGGAUUAUGGAAAUAUUGAUAUAGUUUACAAAAUUGAGAAAAAAUUUUCGAGUGGCAUAAACAAGUGUCGAAGCAAUUUUGUAUUUAUUCACGUUGACAUUAUUGUUUUAUAAUGACGAUCUCAACGUGUUGUGGGUGUUUUUCUUUACAACAUGGAUCAAUAAUUAUUGGAUUUCUACAUUUAAUAUUUGGAAGUGCAGCAGCAAUAUGGACAUGUGUCGUGCUUGCAAAUUCUUCUAUGUCAGAUGAUUUAUAUGUUCUGAUGAAAGUUCAGAAUGUUGAAUUUCUAAUUUAUGUUAUUAUUCAGUUAGCUAUAACUGUAUCAUUCAUUAUUGGUGCUGUUAAAAGAAUUCCUAACCUCGUUUUCGUUUUUAACUGCUUGAAUGGAGCCAAUAUUAUCGUUUCCCUUGUAUACAUCAUCGCCUGGAUAGUAAUGCAGAUACUUUAUAAGCGACCAUUGCAUACCAUAUUCAUUUUCCUCACUGGCUCAAUAAUAGGAAUGGGUCUCCAAGUCUAUCUGUGCCUCGUUGUUUACAACUUCUACAAAGAACUGAUCAUGGAAAAAUAUCGGAAAUUGUUUCAACCCAAUGCAAUAAAUUAUCCGCAUCCAGUAGCUCCAGGAAUGAUUUACAGUUCUUAAGAAAUUUUUCGAAAACAUAGAUU